AUGGUAGGAGGAUGCUGUGUGUGCUCAGAUGAGCGAGGUUGGCCUGACAACCCGCUGGUCUAUUGUGAUGGAAAUGGAUGCACAGUCGCAGUUCACCAAGCUUGUUAUGGGAUAGUGACUGUACCUACAGGCCCCUGGUUUUGCCGGAAAUGUGAGAGCCCGGAGAAUAAAGGAAAAGUACGAUGCGAACUAUGCCCUUCUAAGUCUGGUGCAUUAAAGCGAACGGAUACAGGAGGAUGGGCUCAUGUUGUCUGUGCACUUUAUAUACCUGAAGUCAGAUUUGGUAAUGUGACCUCAAUGGAGCCUAUUGUCUUGAGAUUGAUUCCACCUGAAAGAUACAACAAGACAUGUUACAUUUGCCAAGAUUUGGGAAAGUCACAUAGAGCCAAUGCUGGUGCAUGUAUGCAGUGCAACAAGUCAGGAUGUAAACAACAAUUUCAUGUGACAUGCGCUCAGAGCCUGGGAUUGCUAUGUGAAGAAGCUGGAAAUUAUUUGGACAAUGUUAAAUAUUGCGGAUAUUGUCAACAUCAUUACAGUAAACUUAAAAAGGGCGGUAACGUGAAGACCAUCCCUCCGUACAAGCCGGUAUCGCACGAUAGCCAGUCGAGCGACUCAAGUGAGAAAGACGGCGAGGCUUCUCCCAUGGCUAGCGGCAGCGGAACGCCAACACACCCAGCUAAAGCUAAAGGGCCAAGCCGCAAAUCUUCGCACAGCAGCGGCGUGAUAUCAGGGAAGAAUACACCGAACGCGUCCAAGACGCCUACAAACUCAGGACAACAACUGGCGGCAGACAUCGGUCACGAAGUGAUGGAACAAACGCCGGCCGCGCGGAAACACAAAUCGGGAGACAAAAAUAAAAAGAAGCCCUCGCCGUCGCGCCGCGGCUCGGCGGCCGGCGACGGCGGCGGCUCCGGUAGCAAGAGCAGCACCCCGGCGCCUUCGCCCCAACACCCGGCCCCAGAGCCGCCACCGCUACCCAGCGCCAAGGGAGCCCCGGCGCCGGUCGUUACGGCGAAGAUCCCCCUGCCGGCCGCAUCGCCCAGUUCCAGCAAGCAGCCGGAGGCGGCGGGGGCCAGCUCCACGGCAACAGCCACCUCGACGGUGACCUCCGUCAGCGGAACAUCUGCCAGCCCUGUGACAAAUACAUCAAUGGCGCCGGCACCAAAGGCGUCGACGUACCAAGAGUCCAUGAUAGCUAAUACAGAGUUGGUCGAGCCGAAACAGACAAAGAAGAGGAAAGCUGUAUCGGCGGCGAAUACGCCCAUUGCUCCUGUUGAUUACGCGGCAACCCCUCCACAUAACAUUGUGAACGAUGGCAGCUCUCAAGGUGGCAGCCAGGCCUGGGAAAACGCGCACCCAUCAGGCGAAAUACAAUUGGACGUCGUCGACAAGGUCAUCAAAAAGGCGAAGAUUGAGGAGCCUCCGAUAAUGACGGCGCACUUCUCCAGCAUGAGCCCCGCGCCACCACCUCCCCCCAUGCCGCCCGCACACAGCCCAGCUACGCAGCCCAGUCCCAGGCAUCUUCCUAGUCCCAUGCCAGGACCAAGUGGUCUAAAUACAGCACCCAAUAUGCGGUCGCCGUCACAACACCAGGGCGGGAAGGCCGAGCGCGAGGGGCCCAUCUCGCUGCUCGUCUCGGUGCCCUUGCCGUCCACCAGCCACGGCCUCAACCUCACCGCCCACGCGCAGGUGCCAAUGCCACCGGACAUGCCCGGAACCUCUCAGCACAUAUUUCAUCAGCCUCAAAAACAGGCCUCCAUGGAGCAGAGCGUCCCGGUCCAUUCUCCGCAUGGUGUUCCCGGUCGGUCCCCAUGGGGAGGUCUCAACGUUACCUACGAGAUGCAGGACCCCAACAAAGCUGGCAUCAGCGGCAUAGCCAGCACAAGCAAGGAUGUGAACGCGAUGGUGCCGAUGCCCCCGGCCACCAUCAGGAACAAGAAGAGGGCCGCGGUGUCGACGGUUGUCUCAAUGGGUGCGGCACCGCCACCUUCGUCUAUGCAGACAUCUUCGCAGAGCCUUGCGAAUGUGCGUCGACCUCCGCAACCAACGCCGCCACCUAUGUAUCAAGAAAUCAAAGACUCUCCGCCAAGUUCUCCAGGUUCUGAAAGACCGUUGAAGCCCAAGAUGGAGCACAACCGCAUGGGUGCGAGCUGCACGGCGCCGCACAUGCUGGGCAACGAGCUGAACCCGGAGAGCGGGGCCGCGGCCCGGCUGCAGGAGCAGCUCAGCGCUGAGCUGGCGGCGCACGCGGCCGGCGCCUCCGGCCUGGACCCGCUGGUGCCGCCGCCCCUCAUCAACAAGGCAGCGGCCUUCCAAUUGCAGAGUACGAGCAGCGGUUGCCGCAGCGGGACAUCGAGUGCGCAGAGCCUCGACCAACUACUGGAGAGGCAAUGGGAGCAAGGCUCUCAGUUCCUCAUGGAGCAGGCACAACACUUUGACAUCGCAUCGCUGCUAUCGUGCCUGCACCAGCUGCGUACGGAGAACGUGCGCCUGGAGGAGCACGUUGGCAACCUGCUCCAGCGGCGAGACCACCUGUUGGCGGUCAACGCCAGGCUCGCUAUACCACUGACGACCGUAGCUGCUAUGGAAUCAGGUUGCAUGGAACCAGGUUGCACGGAACCAGGUUGCAUGGAAUCAGGUUGCAUGGAACCAGGAUGCAUGGAAACAGCUGCUAUGGAAACCGCUGCUAUGGAAUCCGUGACCGCGGGCCCGUCGGACCCGAGCCGCUGCCCGCGCGAGGGCGUUCCGCAGAUGCGCGCCACGCCGGGGCCCGUGCGCCCCAACGAGACGAUCACAUCUGAGAGAUCUCACCAGCUGAUGAUGCGAGAGGCGCAGCAGAAGCCCAGC